CACUCAAGUGUCCGAGCUCCGCGCGGGUCCGUGAAGUGGACGAAAAACUUGGUCAACAAGCCGCCAGUGUGAGCAGCUUUCAGCCCUCAGCCCGCGGACUUCUUCUUCCAUUUGUACCGCGGAUUAUCGGUUAAUCGGUACGCAGCUCGGUGCAGGCCGCGGGAAGCCGCUUGUCCCGUGUUUCCGUGCGUGAAAGCGGGAAGAAAGUGCGUGUUUCUCAGUUUCGGAGUGAAACCGCGUCUCAGACGGCGAACAGCACACUUCCAUGUGGGCAGACCGUCUCCGAGUCUAACAAAAGACCCGCUCCGCUCGGUCCCACCUCCGCUUCCUCCAGCGCAGGACUCCGGUUCCCGGCUGAGGCUUGAGUUGGGUUCGUUCUGUCCGAGUUCGCGUCUCAGAUUCGGUCUUUGUGACUCGGUUUCCCUCCUUUUUUUCAAAGUGCUGCCGGUGGACGCGGAGCCGAGAGAUGCCGCUCCUCCACAGAAAAGCCUUCAUCCGACAGAAACCUCCGGCGGACCUGCGGCCGGACGAGGAGGUCUUCCUCUGUAAGAUCACGCACGAAAUCUUCAGGUCCUACGACGAGUUCUUCGAGCGGACCAUCCUGUGUAACAGUUUGGUGUGGAGCUGUGCUCUGACGGGGCGAGCGGGCCUGACCUACCUGGAGGCGGUGGAGAGCGAGCGGCGGGCGAAGCAGAGUCUGCAGAGCUUCCCUCCAUCUCUGGUGGUUCCUCUGCUCCACCUGGCCGCUCUGAGCCGACGCUGCAGACUGACGGAGCUCUGUGAGGACGUCUACACCUUCGUCAAAGACCGGUUCUUCCCUGGAGAGACGGUGGACGUUACGGGACGCAACGGAGCCAGACAUGUGUGUGAAAUCCUGCAGGUUCACUCACCUCAUUCCAGUGCUAACGGCGCGCCGACCGCUAACGGCCACGCCAGACCAGCUGACGGUGACGCCAUCGUCAUCAGUGACAGCGACGACGAGAGCAAAGCCUUCCAGAGUCCCACAGCACAGAUCAGCAGCAGGAAGAAGAAGAAGCCUCUGAGUCCGUCAGUAUUUAAAUACACAGUGAGGAUGAUGAAGGACGAACACAGUGAGACUUUCACUGUCAAAGCCAAUCAGAUCAGUCGCAGGAAGACCAGCGUGUCCAGAGAGAGACUGAAGCUGCUCUUUAAGCAGCACUGUGAACCUCAAAAUGGGACCAUCGUACUCAAGCCCUCCUCAGUGAUGAAGUACCGGCUGUCUGAACAAACCUUCUCGCAGUUCUUCCCUGAUGAGCCCCCCCUGUUCCCCUUCAGCCCCCCCUCUAAAGGUGGAGGGCGUGGCUCUCCCGGACAGCAGGCGGGUUCGUCGCUGCUGAAGGCGGCGGAGAAGUUAAAGCUGCUGCAGCAGAGGGAGGAGAUGGCAGCUGCCGCUCAGGACAGAGCUCGGCUGAAGAAGGAGAAGGAGGAGGCGCAGGAGGCCAAGAGGAGGGAGAGGGAGGACAGAGAGAGGCUGAAGGAGGAGCAGAGGAGGAGGUUUGAGGAGGAGAAACAGAGGAGGAGGGAGGAGAAGGAGCGCAGGAAGCUGGAGAAGGAGAGGGAACGAGAGAAGCUGAAGGAGGAGAAGAAGAAAUACGCUGAACGACUGAAACUGUGGAACAAACCCAGAGAAGACAUGGAGUGCGAAGACCUGAAGGACCUGCCCAGCCCGGUUCCAGUGAGGACUCGUCUUCCAGCUGAGCUGUUUGGAGAAGCUCUGAUGGUUCUGGAGUUCCUACGGGCCUUUGGCGAGGUCUUUGACCUGAAGGACGAGUUCCCCGAUGGAGUCUCUCUGGAGGUUCUAGAGGAGGCUCUGGUGGGUUCUGACCCUGAAGGUCCUCUGUGCGAGCUGCUGUUCUUCUUCCUGUCGGCCAUCUUUCAGGCUCUGGACGAGGAGCAGGAGGAUAUGGCUAAAGACCAGGCAGAAGACCUGUCGGAGGCUCUGGACGACGACUCUGACGCCACUCAGUCGGCUCUCAGCGCCGUCGCCUCAUUGGCUGCCGCCUGGCCUCAGCUGCAUCAGGGCUGCAGUCUGAAGCAGUUGGACCUGGACAGCUGCACGCUGUCGGAGAUCCUGCGGCUGCACAUCCUGGCGUCUGGCGCCGACUGUUACCACGGCAACGCCAAGUUCCGCUACCAGAAGCAGGGCGGGUUCACGCUGAUGGAUGACCCGUGCGUCGAGCUGCGACUGGCAGAGCCGGCGCUGCUCAAGAGGCUGACGAGCACGGCGGUGUAUGACCUGACUCCAGGGGAGAAGCUGAGGAUCCUGCAGGCUCUGCUGGGGAAGCUGCUGACGUUGGCGUCCAGCAGAGAUCUGAUUGAAGACUGUGUGGAGGAGCAGAGAGCCGCCAGACAGGAACUGAGAGAGAUCCGAGCUGAACAACACCGCCGCGAGAGAGAGGAGGCCGCACACAGGGUUCGUCUUCGUAAAGAGGAGAAGCUGAGGGAGCAGGAGCAGAGGCUGAAGGAGAAGGAGGAGAGGCUGAAGGAACAGGAGGUGAAGGGAGGACUCCCAACAAACAGUGAGACUCAGGUAGAACAAAAAACUGAGGAAGACGAGGAGCAAAAGUCUUCAUCCCACAAGAAGAUGAAAGCUAAACUCAACCAACAGACGACCUCUGACCCCAAACCGCCGCCCCGCCCCCCCACCAGCCUGACUGCGGAGGAGCUGGAGAACGAGCAGGAGAAGGUUCGAGAGCUGCAGGAGCGGAUCCAGAAGGCAGCGGCCUGCACCUGCUUGCUGCCUCUGGGCAGAGACCGUCUGUACCGCCGGUACUGGCUCCUCCCCUCAGCCCCCACUCUGUUUGUAGAGGACGACUGCUUCGGCCUGACGGAGGACAUGCUGCAUCCACGCCCAAAACCUGCACAGGACGCCACAACCAAGAUGGAGGACGAGGAGGUCAUCAAGGAGGAGCCCGCCGAGGGAAGUGCUGGCUCUAGUCCCGCCCCCCUCCACACCUGCGGGCCGCCAGUCAAACGACCCAACCAAUGGUCCUUCUACAGCUCAGUGGAAGAGGUGGAUCAGCUGAUCGAGGCUUUGAACCCUCGAGGUCACAGAGAGAGCGGCCUGAAGGAGGCGCUGCUGCAGGAGAGAGAGAGACUGCAACACCUGCUACAGAACUGUGACAGGAACAAAUACAGUCAUUCAGAUGAUCCGGAGUCGUCCAGAUCUGUCCCAGAGUGCACUGCUGCAGCUGAGACUGUGAUGGAGGUGAGACUGAGAGACCUGCUGCUGGACAUCGAGGACCGAAUCCACCAGGGAACUCUGGGAACUCUGAAGGUGAUGGACAGACAGGCGUGGCGCUCAGCGCUGGAAACGGGAAACUACGAGCUGCUGUGUUCUGACGGCAGAGAGAACGGAGGGAUGAACGGACGAGUGGAAGCCAUAGAGGUGGACUCACCUGCCCACCUGAGAGCCAGAGACAGGCUGCAGGAGCUCAAGUCUGACGGCGUGGCCUCGGGCAGCGGGACUCCUCAGGUGGUCAGCAGCGCUGUACAAAUCCUGGCUCAGGCCCUCGUUCACAUCGAGCACGGCAUUGAGAGGCGCUUCCUCAAAGCUCCACUAGGUGAGGAAGACUCGAAGAAAGACCAGAAGACCACGACGAAGAAGAACAAGAGGAAGGACGAGGACCAGGCCAGUGACGAUGGCAGUGACAGCGGCCGGGUCAGUAAGACGGUGUUGGAGCGAUGGAGGGAGUCUCUGCAGUCCUGCUCAAGUCUGUCUCAGGUGUUUGUCCACCUGUCCAGUCUGGAGCGAAGCGUCCUCUGGUCUCGCUCCGUCCUCAACGCUCGCUGUCGCAUCUGCAGACGCAAAGGAGAUGCCGACAACAUGCUGCUGUGUGAUGGCUGUGACCGAGGACACCACACCCACUGCCUGAGGCCCCGCCUCAAGUCGGUUCCAGGGGGAGACUGGUUCUGUCCAGACUGUCGACCCAAACAGAGAUCCAGCCGCCUGCCGUCCCGUCAGCGCUCUUCUAUCGAUGAGGAGGAGGAAGAGGAGGAGGAUGACAAACAGGAAGAGGAGGAGUCUGAGGAAGAAGAAGAGGAGUCUGAGGAAGAGGAGGAGUCUGAGGAGGAGGAGGAGGAGGAGGAGGAAGAAGUAGUGAGCACCAAGAAGAGUCCGGCCCCGCCCCCUAAAGGCAAGAGCCAACAGGCCACGCCCAAGAACAGCGCCGCCUCAGCAGGGAAAAACUCAUCAGCCUCCAAGUCCUCAGGGAAAAAGGCCACGCCCCCCACAGUGAAGGCCAACAUGGCGUCUGGAGGUAAAGCUCCGGCCCGCUCUGGGAGUCGAGUCAGCGCCCGUCUGAGCCACGAAAUCCUGCCACCAAACGGCAACACCAAGAUCUCACCUGGUCAGAGCGAGCCCCACAAGAGACCGCCAACAGACACUGCUCCCCUUCCUAAACCCUCCAGACCCGUCCUCCCCCCUUCAUCCUCCUCCUCCUCCUCGUCUUCAUCCAGCCGACGCUCCUCCGGCAGGAAUCACGGAGUCCACGAGCUGUCGGCCUGCGAGCAGCUGACUGUGGAGCUCGUCAGACAUGAGGACAGCUGGCCCUUCAUGAAGCUGGUGUCCAGGACUCAGGUCCCCGACUACUAUGACAUCAUCAAGAAGCCGAUCGCCCUCAGCACCAUCAGAGAGAAAGUCAACAACUGUGAAUAUCAGACAGCAGGGGAGUACAUCUCAGACGUGGACCUGAUGUUCUCUAACUGUCUUCAGUAUAAUCCUCGUCACACUAACGAGGCGAAGGCCGGACACCGCCUGCAGCAGUUCUUCCACUCGGAGCUCAGCAGACUCGGCCUAUCAGAGCGCAGCUCCGCCCCGCCCGCCAAACGGUCCCGACACUGAACCAAACGCACCCCUCUGACCUCACCGCCGUCCACUCUGCUGAUUGGUCCAGGGGAUGAGACGCGGUCCAAUUCCCUCCUGAUGGACUGACAUGGUGUCGCUCCUUUAUGACCUCUGACCCCCGUGACCCCGGCGGCCACAGCGCUCUGCGGUGAAGCGUGUCAUCAGCACGUGAAAGUGUUUCUGGCAGUUCACAGGGACUGCAGGGGUCAAAGGUCAUGAGCGUCAAAA